AUGUCGGAUUCCCCCCAAUCCCCUCCCAAGGAGGUCGACCAAGGUGCACAGUCACCCGAGGACGAAGCACAAAUGAACGAGCAACAAGACCCACAGGCCGCAAACACGGCGGGCUACGAAUUCGAGGGGGUUAAAGAACAGGACCGAUGGUUGCCCAUAGCCAAUGUCGCCCGCAUCAUGAAGAAUGCCCUGCCCGAAAAUGCAAAGAUAGCCAAGGAAGCCAAGGAGUGCAUGCAAGAGUGUGUUAGUGAGUUCAUCUCCUUCAUCACCAGCGAAGCAUCGGAGAAGUGCCAGCAGGAAAAGCGCAAGACUGUCAAUGGCGAGGAUAUCCUCUUCGCGAUGACAUCUCUGGGAUUUGAGAACUACGCCGAAGCUCUCAAGGUGUAUCUCUCCAAGUAUCGCGAGCAACAGAAUCAGUCAAACCGCGACAGAGUCAUGGAAAACACCCCUUGGGCCGGCGGCAUGAUGGGCGAUGCCAAGGCUGAGCCCGGUGCUGUCGGAAACGAGUUUGCCCCCGAAGGCGCAAACAGCGUCGAGGGCGCCGGUGAUCCUAACUACAUCUAUGGGUCGCAGCCUGGCCAUAACGGCGCUGGUGCUGGCGAUGGCUACUAA